AGUAUUACCAUUUACCAAACUCAUUUUCCAAAGAUAUCUUUCUACUCUUCUUCUCUCUCUCGCAUUCUGACUCAAAGUCCACUCUCAGUGUUAAUCAAGUCUAAUAACACCAUAACCAAAACCUUGAAACUAAAUUCGAGUAGUAAAAGAGCAAGAGAAAAUUUGCAUGAACCAAAGAUGGUGAAUCUAAGAAGAACCCAAACUUCAGACAACCCUUUUCAAACCCAGUCAAAUUCUGUGUCCUCAAUUCUUAAUUUGUUAAAAAAGCCUCAAGCUUUUCCUUUACUUCUCUUAAUAUUCCUUCUUCUCACUUGGGUUUCUCUCAAAUUCCAAAACCGUUCUUAUUUCUCUCCCCAACUUCAAAAUCCUCAAAGAUGGAGUAAAGAGGAAGACCUAAAAGCUAAUUUGGUUAGGUUCCUACCUUCUCAAUUGGCUAAAGACAAAAGGGGUUGGUUGCUUAAUCCUGUUGCUGCUGCAACUGACGCUGGUAUUAAUGGUGGGGCUGUGACCUGUGCUUCAGUUCAUGUUGGCGAAAUUCGGCCGGGAGGAAUUAGAGGAAAUCAUAGACACUAUACUUCCAACGAGACAUUCAUCAUUUGGGGUGCUCGUAUAAAGUUUAGGCUGGAGAACAGUAAAAUAGUUGAUAAAGGGUAUGCUGAAGUAGUAAUUGGUGCUGAUGAGGUUGCUGUUGCAGCUAGUCCAAGUGGGAAAGCUCAUGCGCUGGUGAAUCUAGAUCCGAUAAGGACCGCAUUCCUUUUGGGAUGCCAAGAUGACAUAGUUAACUAUAACAGUUCAAGUACUGCUUAUAAUAUCUGGAAUGAUCUUUGAAUUUCCAUUUCACUUUGUAUAGUUUCCUCGGAUAUGUUCAUACUCCAACAAACAUGUCACUAACAAUCUAAGGGCAUUUAUCACUUCCUUCAUGAUGUUUGUCCCAAUGUUUUUCUCGUUGGAUUCUGCAGUCUUAUUUAUGAUUUGCUUUAUA